UCUCUUAUGUGGAAACGAAACUGAUCUGAGUCUCUCUGUCGUCUGUCUGUGUGAGAGUGAACAACCGUCCAAAUGGCUCAACAGGGAGUUCUGCUGGACCAGGACCAGUUCUGUUGUUCUGUCUGUCUGGAUCUACUGAAGGAGCCGGUCACCAUCCACUGUGGGCACAGUUACUGUAGAAGCUGUAUUGAGGGCUGCUGGGAUCAGGAUGUUCUGAAAGGGGUCUAUAGCUGUCCUCAGUGCAGACAUACCUUCACUCCAAGGCCUACGCUGAUGAAAAAUAACAUGUUGGCUGAGGUGGUGGAGAAACUGAGGAAGACAGGACUCCAGGCUGCUCCCCCUCCUGCUCUGUGCUAUGCUGGACCUGGAGAUGUGGCGUGUGAUUUCUGCACUGGGACCAGAAAGCAGAAAGCCCUCAUGUCCUGUCUGGCAUGUCUGGCCUCUUACUGUGAGACUCACCUCCAACCUCACUAUGAAUCUCCUGCUUUGAAGAAGCACAAGCUGGUCAAAGCCACCGCACAACUACAGGAGAAGAUCUGCUCUCAUCAUGACAAACUGCUGGAGGUUUACUGUCGUACCGAUCAGCAGUGUAUCUGUUAUCUGUGUACAAUGGAUGAACAUAAAGGCCAUGAUACAGUGUCAGCUGCAGCAGAGAGGACUGAGAAACAGAGACAGCUGGGGAUGAGUCAGCAGAAGGUCCAGCAGAGAUUCCAGGAGAGAGAGAAGGAGCUGAAGGAGCUCCAACAGGCUGUGGAGUCUUUCAAGAGCUCUGCACAGUCAGCAGUGGACUACAGUGAUCAGAUCUUUACUGAGCUGAUCCGCUCCAUUGAGAGAAGGAGCUCUGAGGUGAAGGAGCUGAUCAGAGCCCAAGAGAAGGCUCAAGUGAGUCAAGCUGAAGGACUCCUGGAGCAACUGAAGCAGGAGAUAGCUGAGCUGAGGAAGAGAAGCACUGAGCUGGAGCAGCUCUCACACACAGAGGAUCACAUCCAUUUCCUCCAGAGUUAUCAGUCUCUCUCCAGUAUCAGUGUAUCUUCAGACUUACCCAGCAUCGUUGUCCGUCCUCUUCAGUACUUUGGAGAUGUGAGUAAGACUGUGUCUGAACUGAGAAAGAAACUAGAAGACUUCCUUAAAGGAGAAUGGACCAAGAUCUCCACUACAGUGAAUAUAGUGGAUGUUGUACUGCCUCCAGAGCCCAAGACCAGAGAACAGUUGUUACAAUAUUCCUGUCAGCUCACACUGGACCCAAACACAGCAGGCACACUCCUCUCUCUGUCUGAAGGGAACAGAAAGGUGACCUAUACACGCCAAGUCCAACCAUAUCCUGACCAUCCAGACAGAUUCACCAACAGGCAGGUUCUGUGUAGAGAGGGUCUGUCUGGACGCUGUUACUGGGAGGUGGAGAGGACUGGUGUUGUUGUUUAUACAGCAGUCUCAUAUAAAGACAUCAGCAGAACAGAGGAAGGUGGUGGAUUUGGACUCAAUAACAAGUCCUGGAGUUUACGGUACUAUAGAGGUGAUUAUUGUUUCAGACACAAUAAUGUUUUGACUAAAGUAUCAGGUCCUCAGUCCUCCAGAGUAGGAGUGUACCUGGAUCACAAGGCAGGUACUCUGUCCUUCUACAGUGUCUCUGACACAAUGACCCUCCUCCACAGAGUCCAGACCACAUUCAGUCAGACCCUCUAUCCUGGGUUUUAUCUCACUGGUACUGCUGAGCUGGUUAAACUGUAGUAGGGUCCACAUAGAUACUAGUCAUGCUGGUGUAGUCUAUAGCUGAGCUGGUUAAACUGUAGUAGGGUCCACAUAGAUACUAGUCAUGCUGGUGUAGUCUAUAGCUGAGCUGGUUAAACUGUAGUAGGGUCCACAUAGAUACUAGUCAUGCUGGUGUAGUCUAUAGCUGAGCUGGUUAAACUGUAGUAGGGUCCACAUAGAUACUAGUCAUGCUGGUGUAGUCUAUAGCUGAGCUGGUUAAACUGUAGUAGGGUCCACAUAGAUACUAGUCAUGCUGGUGUAGUCUAUAGCUGAGCUGGUUAAACUGUAGUAGGGUCCACAUAGAUACUAGUCAUGCUGGUGUAGUCUAUAGCUGAGCUGGUUAAACUGUAGUAGGGUCCACAUAGAUACUAGUCAUGCUGGUGUAGUCUAUAGCUGAGCUGGUUAAACUGUAAUAGGGUCCACAUAGAUACUAGUCAUGCUGGUGUAGUCUAUAGCUGAGCUGGUUAAACUGUAGUAGGGUCCACAUAGAUACUAGUCAUGCUGGUGUAGUCUAUAGCUGAGCUGGUUAAACUGUAGUAGGGUCCACAUAGAUACUAGUCAUGCUGGUGUAGUCUAUAGCUGAGCUGGUUAAACUGUAGUAGGGUCCACAUAGAUACUAGUCAUGCUGGUGUAGUCUAUAGCUGAGCUGGUUAAACUGUAGUAGGGUCCACAUAGAUACUAGUCAUGCUGGUGUAGUCUAUAGCUGAGCUGGUUAAACUGUAGUAGGGUCCACAUAGAUACUAGUCAUGCUGGUGUAGUCUAUAGCUGAGCUGGUUAAACUGUAGUAGGGUCCACAUAGAUACUAGUCAUGCUGGUGUAGUCUAUAGCUGAGCUGGUUAAACUGUAGUAGGGUCCACAUAGAUACUAGUCAUGCUGGUGUAGUCUAUAGCUGAGCUGGUUAAACUGUAGUAGGGUCCACAUAGAUACUAGUCAUGCUGGUGUAGUCUAUAGCUGAGCUGGUUAAACUGUAGUAGGGUCCACAUAGAUACUAGUCAUGCUGGUGUAGUCUAUAGCUGAGCUGGUUAAACUGUAGUAGGGUCCACAUAGAUACUAGUCAUGCUGGUGUAGUCUAUAGCUGAGCUGGUUAAACUGUAGUAGGGUCCACAUAGAUACUAGUCAUCCUGGUGUAGUCUAUAGCUGAGCUGGUUAAACUGUAGUAGGGUCUACAUAGAUACUAGUCAUGCUGGUGUAGUCUAUAACUGAGCUGGUUAAACUGUAGUAGGGUCCACAUAGAUACUAGUCAUGCUGGUGUAGUCUAUAGCUGAGCUGGUUAAACUGUAGUAGGGUCCACAUAGAUACUAGUCAUGCUGAUGGUGAUGGUCCCCAGAUGUGAUGAUUCAUUCUGCUCUGUUUUAUCUACAAUGAUUUAACUGAUUUGAUCUUCAGAAGAUGUUAUGAAUUAAAAUUCAAGGUAUUCAUAUUUUUGUAAUUGUAAUGUUUUAAUCUUGUACAUUUCCAUGAAUCAUGAUGUCUGGUGUUGAUGUAUAUUGGUUGUCAUUCAGAACCAUUGAUAUGUUUUCUCAGUUGGUUCUCUGUCUCUAUGUAAUUCUCCUCAGUAUCAUUGAUCAGCUUGUUGGUCCUAAUUGAUGUGUUCUCUGUCACCUGGAGCUGCAUGGAAAAUGGUCCAGGAACUAAAGGACAAUUCAGGACUAGUCAGCCCACUACAAGCUGGUAUCACUUACUUUCUACUAAACUAUAUGGACUGGUUUCCCAGACACAGAUUAAUCCUAGUCCUGGACUAAAAAGUAUGUUCAAUGUAGAUGUCCAGGAAACCGGCCCUAAAUGUGUCAUCUUUCAUCCUCCCAUACUGCUCAGUCCAGCAACAUUAAACCUGUCCAGCAGGUGGGGCUAUUGACCAAACAAUAAAACCAGCAGAUGUCUUGACUUGCCACUCAGUAUAUCAGUAAUGUUCAGAAUAGUACUUUAAUAUCAUUGGAGAUUGAUUGUCUUUUUAAUCCACUAUCCAGAGUCAGGAACAGAUGAAGUUAGGUCUGCUACUGUUCAGUGAUUAAAUAUGAUUUAUGGUGAUGGGAAAUAAUAAAAAACACUAAACUUCA